AUGACACGAAUCAUGACAGCGUCAACAUCACCAUCUGCAAAGGCGUCGCCAGCGUCACGGUCGCUGACAGCCGCUAGCGGUCCGUCGAGACGAAGCCUCCUCAGCGGUCUCCUGUUGAUGCUGAUCUGCAUACCGGAGCGAAUAAUUGGAUUCUGUCCGUCACUGUGUACCUGCGAGGCCGAGCGCAACCUCCGGACGGCGUGCAUUAACGCGUCCCUUGAGGUCGUUCCAAUCCAGCUGAACCCGGAAGUGCGGCACAUCAAUCUCAGCUCCAACGCAAUAAGCAAUGUACAUUUCACGCUCGGAUUUUACAACCAACUGGAGGUGCUGGACAUCUCCCACAAUCGACUGGACACGCUCGGUUCGAAGAACUUCGAAGCACAGGAGAAGCUUCGAACGUUGAAUCUAAGCGAUAACGUUCUAGUCAGUCUGCUAAAGGACAGUUUUCGUGGUUUACAAAGACUAGACAUUCUAUUGCUGAACGAUAAUCGGAUAGAAAAAAUUCACCCCACAGCGUUUCAAGGACUAAACAGUCUUAGAAUCUUAGAUCUGAGCAAUAAUCAGUUAGUUAGCUUUGAAGAGGUCGUUCUUAUGCCACUGGGAACGCUGGAACGAUUAAAUCUUCGGAAUAACCAACUGCUUGAGGUGCCGUACGAAACCAAUCUGCAAUAUUUACGAUCGCUGCAUAAUCUCGAUCUGUCGGUCAACCUGAUCGAGAGCAUUUCCAACGACAGCUUUGAGGCAUUGCGCGAAUUGCGGUCGCUGCAGCUGGAAGGUAAUGUGCUAACCGAGCUGGAUCUCGGUGCCUUCAAUGGAUUAAACGCACUCAAGCACAUUAAUUUGGCCGAUAAUAAUUUGACGAUUAUCCCAACGAUACAGCUCUCCAAGUUGUAUAAUCUGACGACGCUCUCACUUAGUGGAAAUUCUUUUGUCCAACUUCCUGCUGUAUCCUUUCUGAAUCUGUUCCAUUUACGGGAACUACAUCUGAACCGUCUAGAUCGGUUGAAGCGAAUUGAUGCCAGAGCUUUUGUGGAUAACACAUACCUGCAGAUCCUGACGCUGGAUGAUAAUCCUUCCUUCGGUGAGCUUCCCUUACGGUUGUUCCAUGGUAAUCCGAACCUGAUCGACAUCUCGAUGCGCCGCAAUGCUCUAGAAACGCUGGACGCCGUCCAUUUUCCGUUGGAUAGACUGCAGCGUUUGAAAUUGGCAGGAAAUCCAUUGGUUUGUAAUUGUUCGAUCCGAUGGUUGUGGCGGCUGGUGACAGGGACAGUUGAUGAAGAUGACAGUGACGGUGUGGCGAUGGUUGCUCGCGGUGGGGACAGUUUAGCCAACAUCACAACGGUACUGAUGAUCGAUAAAGAUGAAAUCGGGUGUGAUUUGAAUGAAGAUGGUUUGGUGACCAGAAGAACCUUGCGAAACAUGUCCGAAGGGGACAUCAACUGUCCCGCACAUUGGAUAACGGUGGUCGGAGUAAUCGGGAGUGCUGUAGUAGUGUUGUUGGUUAUGUUUGUUGUAGUGUUUUACCGACGAAAGAUUAAACAGCGAAAGAAGAUAUUGCAGGAAAGGAAAAACGUACACGAACGGAUCGUGCCACAGAAGGUAGAUAAGCUAGAGUUGGAACGAUAUUUAGCUCAACAGGUGCUGGCCAACGAUUAUCGGGAACUGAGACCGUGUGAUAUGUCGAUGCGAUAUGAUAGUAAAUGUUCUACCCAACCUUUGCACAGCCCUGAUCCGGAAGAGUCGGACCAUUACGAAAAUAUCGAUUACCUCCAACAUCAGCAGGUUUUGAACCACCACAACCAUCCUUACCAUCAAAACCAGCAUCCCCAUCCGUACCACCAGGCACAACAGCAGAUCAACAUGACCCUCCAGCAUGCCGAUCAUUAUCCCCAGAAGCAUCCUGCCCCUUCCGGACAUCUCACUGUCCCAGUGCCUCCUCAGCAACGAAAUCACUCGAGCGGUCAAGCCUACUCACCCAACUUUUUCAUCUACGUGCUGUACUCUCACUUCAUCUUCCUGUUGCUGAUAUUAUGAUGAACUAAAGCAACGAAAUUCACCGAAAAGCUCAAUGGGCUCCUGGAAGCCUC